ACAUAACAUUUGUUAUUUCAUCUUUGUGCAUUGGAAUGGAAGAUCAUCAGGGGCAGAAGGACCCCAACACCAAAAACAACAACGCUCCAAGCCCCCACCAUGGCUGCAGCUCCGAGAAGAGUGAACCGGUUAGGUCAAGGUGGACUCCAAAGCCAGAACAAAUCCUCAUCCUUGAGUCCAUCUUCAACAGCGGCAUGGUGAACCCACCAAAAGAUGAAACCGUCAGAAUAAGGAAGCUCCUUGAGAAAUUCGGCACCGUCGGUGACGCCAACGUGUUUUACUGGUUCCAGAACCGCCGCUCCCGAUCUCGCCGCCGCCAGCGCCAGAUGCAAGCCUCCCUUGUUGAGCAGAGAAACAACCUGCAGAACAACAACAUGCAGCAGCAGCUUCUUGAAGGUGCACCAGCUGCAGCAAGUGCUAUUCCUUGUGAUCAAGCUCAGGGUCAUCCCAACCUUGCUGCUGCAAUUUCCAUGGGUUUUGGUUCUUCCUCUUCUCCAUCUUAUCUUGCUGGUUCCUCUUCAUCUUGUGGUGUUGGCCAACAAGGCUUGGAUGGUUACUUCUCACUUUCUCCUCAAAUGGGUUACCCGGGAAUUGAUCAAAGUUUUGCUGCAUCAUCUCUUGUGUAUCCUCCUGUUGCUCCUAACUUGAACUACCAAUCUGGAUAUGAGGGUUCUAAUGUUUCAGGAUACAUCACGGUGUUUAUCAAUGGGAUUGCAACAGAGCUUCAAGGGGGGCUAAUAGACAUGAAAACUAUGUUUGGGGAAGAUGUGAUGUUAGUUCAUUCCUCUGGAGUUCCUGUUCCCACAAAUGAAUUUGGGUUCUUGAUGCAAAGCUUGCAGCAUGGUGAAAGCUACAUUCUGGUCCCGAAGGCACCACAAGAAUGAAACCAUCAGCCUAUGUAGCAGACGUGGAAGCUUCCUAUACGUGUUUCUCUGACUGCUGCUUCUCUCUUUUUUCCUUUUACCAAUUUCGUUAUUUCAUAUAAUAGAGAUCUAUCGUGUGAUUUUAGUAGCCCAUAUAUCCCUCUAUCUACCUUAGCAAAGAUAUAUACUGUAUGUUCUUAGUUUGGUUUCAGUACAAACAUGUUUUAUGAAACUCUAGAUAUUUGAUCAAAACAAGUUGUGUAAUGUAUUUUACAUAGCUCAUUCAGUUCUUGGAAAUGCUUCUAAGUAUGUUCUCUGACUGAAAAAAAAAACAUGAUAGAGUAAAUUCUUCCUUGACAUGGAGGUUCUAG